GUUGCAGUCGCCUGAGUCGCUGAUCGUAGUGGCUGAUCGUAAUCGAAGAUCCCUGGUCGUUGGAACCUGGUGGUGCGGUCCAAAUAGGGAACCAGAUAGGCUAAGGUCCCAGAUCACAAUUGAACCAGUCCAGUCUGGUUCUGAUAACAUUGGUUCCGAGGCUCAGGUUUUUGAGCUUGCUCCUGUUGAUGUUGAGGUCUCUCUACCUCCAGCCGAGAUCCUUGCUUUUGAAACCCCUGCUAACUUGACCCCAGUUGCUGCUGCUAAUUUGCCUAAGCCAUUUGAAGUCAUUGCCAAGGAUAUUGUAGAGGCUUAG